CAUACGCAUUAAUAGUAUUUAACUAGUAUAUAUGUAACUCGGUCAUGACACUUUGUGAUAUGGAGCAGAGGCAUUUCAGCAUCAGCAUCAGAAACGAUUUCUGAAACGAAUAUGUAGUAUGUAGAAAGUGGGGAUGUAGCAUGAAGCAAGACAAAGUUUUACUGCUGUGGAAGUUCGAGUAAGCUGAACUAAAGCUAAGGAAGAAACUACCAUUGCUUCUGACGUUUAAAAUCCUAAUAAUUUCAUUGAUUUGCCAACUUUGGAUAAUCGUUUUUUUUUUCCUUGUAAAUUAAACGAGUUAUGCAAGAAUUCAUGCUUCUCCAAAUUUUUAUUGGUUUUUCUGUUUUGGCGACGGCAAUUCCGAAGCCGGAAAAUGAACAUCAAUCGCGAGUACUUAACAAGGAACCAAGCAAUGAAGAACAUUACAUCAAUUCUCAACAUAAUUCUGCCUAUGACCAUGAAGCUUUCCUAGGUGAAGAAGCAAAAACUUUUGAUCAGCUUACCCCCGAAGAAAGUACAAGGAAAUUAGGAGUGAUAGUUGAUAAAAUAGAUAAAGAUAAAGAUGGUUAUGUUACUGGAGAAGAGCUGAAAGACUGGAUAUUAUAUACGCAAAAACGUUAUAUACGAGAUGAUGUUGAACGUCAAUGGAAAUCUCAUAAUCCAGAGGAGAAAGAGAAACUUCCAUGGGCAAAAUACUCAGCAAUGGUUUUUGGAGAUAUGGAUGAACAAGAAGCAGAGAACUAUGAAAAAUCUAAAGAUAAUACUUUCUCAUAUAUUGCUAUGCUUAAGAAAGAACGUAGACGUUGGCAAGCUGCAGAUUUAGAUGGUGAUGAUGCACUUACAAAAGAAGAAUUUGCUGUUUUCCUUCACGCAGAGGAGGCAGAUCAUAUGAAGGAUAUCAUAGUAUUAGAAGCUAUAGAAGAUAUUGAUAAAGAUGGAGAUGGCAAAAUAUCUCUUUCAGAAUUUAUUGGUGAUAUGUAUGAUGGUGUUGAAGGUGAAGAAGAACCAGAAUGGAUAAAAAAUGAAAAGGAGCAAUUUUCUAUGUAUCGUGAUAAAGAUGGUGAUGGUUUUCUAGACUUUGAAGAGGUCAGAACUUGGAUUGUCCCAGUUGAUUUUGAUCAUGCAGAAGCAGAAUCUCGACAUCUCAUAUUUGAAGCAGAUACAGAUGCAGACCAAAAACUUACUAAAGAUGAAAUCUUGGAAAAAUAUGAUAUUUUUGUUGGUUCUCAAGCAACUGAUUUUGGUGAAGCAUUAGGCCGACAUGAUGAAUUUUAAUAAAAUUUCACACACAAUUUUUAAAUAAUACUCUUAUAAACAAAUGAAAGGCAACAAAGAAUAUCAAGAAAUGUAUGAAGCAUUUACUAUAAAUAUUUAUUUUUACUACUA